UCAGUCUUUGACUUGGCGCGCCUGAAGUGCUUUGUGACAGUAAAGUGUUUUGGAUCUUUUUCGGAGAUCGUUCUGAGUUGACGGAUUGGCUGACCCCAUGUGCAAGGUGAAGUGACCAAUAGAAUGAGAGCUCGACGAAAGCUCCAUUCUGCUAUGAUCAGCGCGGCAGACCUCCUCACUUGGUCGGCCAUUUUGUAUUGUCUGUUACCGUCGUCUGCUGAUGCCGCCAGUCCUGUUGCAGACGCCAAUCAUCUGCAGUCACCUGUUCCGGUUGGAGGGCCGAAUGUCUGUAGGAGUAGGUAUCGCAAUUACUGCUGUCCUGGCUGGAGUCUCAAACAAGCGACUGGCCUCUGUAUUAUACCCGUAUGUACAAGAAAAUGUGGCAAGGGACGUUGUAUCAAACCAAAUAUCUGCCUUUGUGAAGAUGGAAGACUCUCUCCGUCCUGUCCAGGCUCUAGUCAUGGAGGUGAUAACCACACAUCGAGCACAGCGCAUGCGCUGACAGGUGGAGAGAGGAGUGAAGUGCACCAUCGCGGGGACAUUCCGUCGACACACGACGGUGACGUCAUCUGUCGGCCGCCCUGUCUCAACAAUGGCACCUGUCACAACGGGAAGUGCGUCUGUCGCCAAGGAUACCAAGGCGACAAUUGUGCCCAGCCGCACUGUCGUGAGCCAUGCCUGAAUGCGGGGAGAUGCAUUGGACCAGACAGGUGUGCCUGUGUCUACGGAUUCACUGGACGCCGUUGUGAAGCAGACUACCGCACGGGGCCCUGCUUCAUGAGGAUCGCCAACGACAUGUGUCAAGGUCAGUUGCCGGGCGUGGUGUGUACCAAACAGCUGUGCUGUGCCACUGUGGGUCGAGCCUGGGGUCACCCCUGUGAGAAGUGUCCCUCACAGCUGCCCUGCGACGAAGGCCAUCUCAAGAACAUACACAGUGGACAGUGUGUCGACAUAGACGAGUGUGAAGCGAUUCCGGGCCUGUGUGUCGGCGGCAAGUGUCGCAACACUGUCGGCUCGUUCGAGUGUGAGUGUGCGGCCGGACAUCAGCGUGACCCGGACAACAACGAGUGUCGCGACAUCAACGAGUGUCUGCUGUCGUCCGGCCCGGACGCAGUCUGCGAGCACGGCCGCUGCGUCAACACCGAUGGCAACUACUACUGCAUUUGCAAUGCCGGCUACAUACCGUCGCCCAAUCGCAAAAGCUGUAUUGAUGCAAGACAAGGCAACUGCUAUACAACCGUUUCCCGAGGAGGAAUAUGCAGACAAAGCUUGAGCAUGAGACUCUCGAAGAAAGAUUGCUGCUGUGGCAUAAAUAUGGGUAAAGGGUGGGGUGAUGACUGUGAAAAAUGUCCACUGCCUGGAGAGAAUGAGCACCGCAAGCUGUGUGAAGAGAUCAGCAGCAGUGGGAGUGUGGGUGGGGGUGGUAUCGGAGGCCUCACUCCUGGUGGUCUAUCUUCAAAAUCCGGCCCAGAGGGACCAUUUAAUGGCACUGCAACCGGUGCAUCAGUGGGUCCUGUGCACCGGAUGACACCUGUUGACGAGUGUGCCCUGCGCCCAGACAUUUGUGGCACAGGGGGCCGCUGCCUUGACACACCUGAGGCCUACAUAUGCGAGUGCUAUCCUGGAUACUCGCAGGCCAGCUCACAUGUGUGUGAAGAUGUGGACGAGUGUAGCAAAGGUUUGUGUAUGGGUGGUCACUGCACCAAUACUCCUGGCAGUUUCAAAUGCGAGUGUCCUGUAGGCUUUGAUGUUUCCUCGGAUGGGCGGCUUUGUAUCGAUCACGAUGAGUGCAGUCAAACCGGAAUGUGUGCUAAUGGUUUAUGUAUCAACAUGGAUGGUUCUUUCAAGUGUCAGUGUAAGCAUGGAUUCAUACUCUCUCCAACCGGCCAUGCUUGUAUUGACGUAGACGAGUGUUACGAGAAUCCACGCAUCUGCCUGAACGGACGCUGCGAGAACAUAGACGGCUCGUACCGGUGCGAGUGUGAGGCGGGCUUCACGGCGUCGGCAGACGGUGCGUUCUGCGUCGACGAGGACGAAUGCAGCCGGCGUCACGACGCAGACGUCUGCCUCAACGGCAAGUGCGUCAACACAGACGGCUCGUUUCGCUGCGUCUGCGACUCGGGCUUCCGUCUGUCGCCCGACAGAAAAACCUGUCAAGAUAUCGAUGAGUGUUUGAGUAGUCCAUGCCAGAACGGACGCUGUGUCAACACUAUUGGAAACUUCCGCUGUGAAUGUCAACCAGGAUUCAUUCUCGGCCUUGAUGGAAGAUCUUGUCAAGAUUCGAGACGAGACCUGUGCUAUGCUGUGUAUAGAGACGGCCAAUGCUCGGGCCAGUCAUCGACACCAGUCACCAAGUCCAGUUGUUGCUGCUGCACCGUGGUGCUGGGCCAGCCCCUUGCCUGGGGCACGCCCUGCCAGCCCUGCCCCGCUCUCCACUCCCCCGAGUUCAACGCCCUCUGUCCACACGGACCGGGACUCACCUACAGCGGAGAUGACAUAAACGAGUGCGCCCAAAACCCGAACAUCUGCGUGAACGGUGCGUGUGAGAACCAGAUGGGCUCCCACCGGUGCGUGUGCAACGCCGGCUUCGAGGCCGACCCGUCCGGCAAAUUGUGCCUCGACAUCGAUGAGUGCCGUGACGAGCUCGUCUGCAGUGGUGGACAGUGUCGCAACACGCCCGGAAGCUAUCAGUGCAUCUGCCCUGUGGGCACACGGCUGAACGCGGAGAGGCAGACGUGUGAGGAUGUGGACGAAUGCCGUGAACUGGGGCCUGACGCCUGCUUCAACGGAGAGUGCCUCAACACGCUUGGCUCCUAUGAGUGCGAUUGUCCUCCCGGCUCCAUUGUCGAUAACACCGGUCGCAUCUGUCUCGACAACCGGCGAGGCACGUGCUGGUCGCGACUGGUGGCUGGUCGCUGCGAGAGCAAUCUGCCCAAGCUGACUCUCAAGUCGGAGUGCUGCUGCUCCAUCGGCCUCGCCUGGGGAAGUCCCUGUCAACUGUGCCAUCCACAGGAAUGCGACUGUCCCAAGGGAUUCGCCAAGGUGGACGGGCGUGUGUGCAGUGACAUCAACGAGUGUGAGCUGAAUGCGGGCGUGUGUCGUGGUGGGGGAACGUGUGUCAACACAGACGGCUCCUACACGUGUGUGUGUCCACCUGGGCUUACACUUGACUCCACUGGGUCGACAUGCAUCGACGUGAGACAAGAGGCAUGCUUCACAGAGGUGCGGCCCGGCGGAUCGGUGGCCCUAGGCAAAGGUCACCUGGACGGCAUAUAUUCGCGCGCCGUCUGCUGCUGCUCAAUGGUGGGCCGCGCCUGGGGGGGACCGCCUGAUGGGUCGCGCUGUGAGCUGUGUCCCCGCCAGGGCACUAACACUUUCAACGAGCUCUGUUCCAAGGGUCCGGGCUUUGUGGACCGCAAGGACAUCAACGAGUGUACUGAAUUCCCCUCGAUGUGCAGCAAUGGCCGAUGUCGCAACACGAUUGGUGGCUUCAGCUGCAACUGCAACCAAGGCUAUGCACUCGACGAGAAUGGCAUCCGAUGCAACGAUAUUGAUGAGUGCAACAUAAUGCAUGGCGUGUGUGGUGACGGUGAUUGCAAGAACACGCCGGGAAACUUUGAGUGUGACUGCAAGCCGGGAUAUGAGAGCUCAACCAUGAUGCAGGUGUGCAUGGAUAUAAACGAGUGCGAAAGAGUGCCAGGAUUGUGCAGAGGUGGAACCUGCCGCAACACGCCGGGUAGCUUCAUUUGCGAUUGUCCGCCGGGUCAUGAGUUGGCCACUGACAAGAAAUCUUGCAAAGAUAUCGAUGAGUGCUCAAGAACCAGUGGAAUAUGCUCGAACGGAGUCUGCGAGAAUAUGAUGGGAACUUAUCAGUGCAUAUGCGACGAUGGCUAUCAGCAAACUGGUCUAAAAUCGCAUUGCGAAGAUGUAAAUGAAUGCAAUGCCCACAAUGGCGGCUGUGAGGACAUGUGUGUUAAUUCACCAGGCAGUUACUCUUGUGCUUGUAGGCCAGGCUAUGCACUGUUGCCAGACGGUCGCAGCUGUCACGAUUUGGACGAGUGCACACAAAACCCGCGCAUCUGUAAUGGCGGCAACUGCACCAACCUGGCGGGGGGUUUCAUGUGUCACUGCACUGACGGCUUACUUCCCGGCGCUAAUCUCACCUCCUGUUUAGAUGUGAACGAAUGCGACAAAGAGAAGGACAUUUGCGGCCAAGGCGAGUGCCACAACACGAUUGGCUCGUACAUGUGUCACUGCGAGCUCGGCUACUCGAUGAAGCCCGAGGCCGAGUCGACUCGACGAGGAUGCUCGGACGAUGACGAAUGUCAGCUGGGAACCUCAGAGUGCGACGUCAACGCCGACUGCAUCAACAAUCCCGGUUCAUACGCGUGUCGAUGCCGCGACGGCUUCAACGGCGACGGAAUCAACUGUCGUGACAUCAACGAAUGCCUCACCAACAAUGGCGGAUGUGACCAGAACGCGCAGUGCAUCAAUACGGAUGGCUCGUUCAAGUGCGUGUGUGACGGUGGCUUUAAGGGCGAUGGCUACUCGUGCCAGGAUGUUGACGAGUGCUUGGAGGACGGAGGCUUGUGCGAGAACGGACACUGCCUCAACUACGCGGGCUCGUUCCGCUGUGAGUGCGAAAUGGGAUUCAUGCACCCCGACGACCACAGCGAGACCUCGUGUGUUGAUAUAAAUGAAUGUCAGAUGUUCAACAACCUAUGUGUAUUUGGACGCUGUGAGAAUGUGUUUGGAAUGUUCCGAUGCGAAUGCAACGAGGGAUAUCAACUGGACAAUUCUGGAGGAAAUUGUACCGAUAUAAACGAGUGUGAGAGCCCACAGGCCUGUCUCUAUGGUAAAUGUAUCAACACUCAAGGAAAGUUCAUCUGUGAAUGCCCUCCCAACUACCAACUUGUCCCCGCUGGCAAUGCUUGUAUUGACAAACGCGAGUCGCAGUGUUACCUGAGCGUGGAGCAGAUCGAAGGCCGGAGCCGAUGCUCGAUGGAGACGGGUAGUCCAAUGUCCAAGUCGGCUUGCUGCUGCAGCGUCGGCAAAGCGUGGGGCAGCUACUGCGAGGCCUGUCCACCCCCACACUCCGACCAGUACCGCACCCUCUGCCCCAGCGGCCCCGGCUACAAACCCAACACCGUCACCGUCAUGGAGGGAGACAUAAACGAAUGCGAGGAGCAUGACAGCAUGUGCCAGAAUGGACAUUGCACCAAUACAUUUGGAAGUUUCAUGUGCUCAUGUAAUGAUGGUUUCAGGCUGGAUAGCACCAAUGUUUUUUGUGUCGAUAUCAACGAGUGCUCUGACAAGCCCGAUAUCUGUGGGGUAGGCCAAUGCGUCAAUGCUGGUAGCUAUCGUUGUAUUUGCCCCGACAAGUACAUGCCUCUACCAAAUAACAAGGGUUGUGUGGACAUGCGGAAGGAGGAGUGCUACAUGGAGUACAGUGGAGGCGCAUGCUCAUCAGCCAUGUCCAACGAGCAGACCAAGAUAGUGUGCUGCUGCUCCAUGGGGGCCGCCUGGGGUCACAACUGCGAGCCCUGCCCGGCCACUGGAACACGUGAGUACACAGUGCUGUGCGGCUGGCCGCAGCCGAACGGUCGUGUCGUCAACCCGAUGACCAAUCAGACAGAGGAGAUAGACGAGUGCGCUCUGAUGCCUGGCAUGUGCUCCAGUCACGGCAGAUGCCUCAACACUCCCGGCAGCUUCGAGUGCCACUGCAACCGUGGAUUUGUCUACGACCACGACUCUCACCAGUGUAUAGAUGACAACGAAUGCCAAAGAAUACCGAGUCCAUGCCGGGGAAACGCCCAGUGUGUCAAUUCAGUAGGAAGCUUCGACUGUAUCUGCCCAGAGGGGUAUAAGCUGGCAGUUAGUAUGCGAGAAUGUACUGACCUGGACGAAUGCUAUGAGAAGUCGGGUGUGUGUGUCGACGGCACAUGUAACAACUUCGAGGGCAGCUUCCAGUGUGUGUGUCACAAUGGCUACCAGCUGACUCCGUCACGUGACACAUGCCUCGAUGUGGACGAGUGUCAGCGACACCCCAACAUCUGCAACAAUGGCACAUGUGUCAACACUGUGGGCAGCUUCCAGUGCCAUUGCUUCCCCGGCUUCAAGCUCAGUCACAACAACGACUGUAUAGAUGUGGACGAGUGUCACGCAAUGCCGCUGCUCUGUCGCAACGGCAGAUGUCGCAACACGAUUGGGUCGUUCAGGUGUGAAUGCGCACAGGGCUACACACUCUCCACCGACCGACAACACUGCCGUGACAUCGACGAGUGUCAAGAGAUAGCUGGGACUUGUCCACCUCCCGGCAACUGUCAGAAUCUGAUGGGCUCAUUCCUCUGCACGUGCAUAUCUGGAUACCGACUCAAUCCACAGAAAACAGCAUGUGAAGAUAUCAAUGAGUGUGAGGAGAGUGCGACCAUCUGCGAAGGAGGAGCGUGCAUCAACACGGAUGGCGGAGUGAUCUGUGACUGUCCCGAGGGCUUCCUGCUCAGUCCGAAUGGCAUGAAGUGCAUUGACGUAAGGCAGGAUGUGUGCUACGAUAUAUUCUUCAGAGAACAGUGUUCUGUAGCACGCAAAGAGAUGAUCACUGUCAAAGAAUGCUGCUGCUCCAUGGGAGCUGCAUGGGGAAGGAACUGUGAACCUUGUCCUGUGGAAUUCUCAGAUGAGUUCAACCGUAUGUGCCCGCAAGGCAGGGGUCGAUUGGAGUCCGGGGAGGAUCUGAACGAAUGCUCGUUCAUGCCAAACGCAUGCGACGGCGGUGAUUGCAUCAACACAGACGGCUCAUUCAGAUGCGAAUGUCCCACUGGAUACAUUCUCGACUCUACUGGCAAGCGAUGUAUUGAUGAUAAUGAAUGUAACAGUGGUACCAACAUAUGCGGCAAUGGAACGUGUACUAACUUGGAUGGAGGUUUUGAGUGCUCUUGUAGUGAAGGAUUCACUGCUGGACCCAUGCAGGUGUGUGAGGACGUGAACGAGUGCGUGGAGAUGACCAACCAGUGCGCCUUCCGCUGUCACAAUGUACCCGGCUCCUUCCGCUGCAUCUGCCCCUAUGGCUACUCGCUCGCCCCCGAUGGACGGCAUUGUCAGGACGUGGAUGAGUGCGUAACUCCGGCCAACAACUGCAAGUACAAAUGCAAGAACCUGAUUGGAUCAUUCAUGUGUAUAUGUCCAGAGGGCUACAGCCAGGUUGUAGGUGGGGGUGGGGGUGGGGACGAGUGCCGUGACAUCAACGAGUGUCUGUCUGCGAAUGCGAGUGUGUGUGCGGGUGGCGGUGCGUGCGUCAAUCUGCCCGGCAGUUAUCGGUGUGAGUGUCGCGACGGAUAUCGGCCCAGCUUUGACGGCAAACAGUGUUUGGACGAGCGCAAAGGCUACUGCUACCAGCGGCUGGUGGGCGGGGCAAAGGGUCGCUGUCAACACCAGCCGGACGCGGAUGCGGCUCUGGUGACACGCAGCCACUGCUGCUGCUCGAUGGGGGUCGCGUGGGGGCCGCACUGCGAGCACUGUCCCGGUCGCGCGACCGACGCCUAUCAGCAGCUGUGCGGCAGCUGGGAGAGCGGCUACGACUCGGUCGGACACGACAUCGACGAGUGUCGCACUGUGCCGGGUCUGUGUCGCAACGGUCGCUGCAUCAACACGCUCGGCUCCUAUCGCUGCAUCUGCAACAAGGGCUACAGGCCUGAUGCCGCUGGCACUAGGUGUCAAGACGUGAACGAAUGCGAGCAGACACCCGGGCCAUGUCAGUUCUCGUGCGUGAACACGGCCGGCUCGUUCGAAUGCGCAUGCGCGGCUGGCUACCGUCUGCACACAGACGGCACGAGUUGUGUGGACGUGGACGAGUGUGCUACGGGCCAACACGUGUGUCAGCACGCGUGCGUCAACACCGAGGGCAGCUACGAGUGUGCGUGUCCCGCCAAAGGGUAUCGCAAGGUUGGCGAUCGCUGUCUCGACAUCGACGAGUGCAAGAACUCGACAGUGUGCCCGUCGCCCGGCAACUGCAUCAACACACUGGGCAGCUUCCGGUGCCUCUGUCCACGUGGCUUCCGCCUUCACAGUUCCGGUAUCUUCUGCACUGACUCAGACGAAUGCUCUGACGACUCCAAGUGCGAGCACGGCUGUCAGAAUGUGAUGGGUAGCUACCGGUGUGGAUGCCCUGACGGAUUCCUGCAGCACAUCUACUACAACCAGUGUGUGGACGAGAACGAGUGUGCCGGUGGGGACAACCCAUGCGGGGAGGGCAGCACCUGCCUCAACACACUCGGCAGCUUCCGGUGCGGUUGCCCGGACGGAUUCCAGCAUGACGCCACCAGAGCGCUCUGCAUACAGAUAAGCUCGGCAUGUGUGGGCAGUCCUUGUUCGUUCGGCUGCCUGCCGCUAGGCGGCGCUUCGUUCGCAUGUGGCUGCCCCAGCGGCUAUCAGCGCAUCGGCCAAGGCCACUGCUUGGCCACCAUCAAUCCCCUGGGGGGGUCAGGGGGUGCCAACAGCUACAGUCGCCCCGACCUCGGCUCAGGCGUGCCAACCUAUCCAAUUGCAGGUAGCGAGCCCGAUCCCUAUGUGCCAUCCCACGACCGCAUCAUAUCCACUGAAGGCUGCUUCUCCUGCAAGGUAAACGGCAGACACCGUCGAAUGGCCGUCAAUUCAACCAACUCUCUUCUACCACCGAAUUGGGAAAAGUGGAUGAAAAAGAUGCGUAAAGAGAGGAGGAAUGGUGGUGAAGGAGGAGGAGAAGGAGGGGUAAACAGACAUCGUAGACAUCAUCACGGUGAAUUUCCCCCCUCCCACUCAACAUCCCCGCAUCGCGUGCUCACAAUCAGUCUGGCCCAAACCAAGCACAGGUUGCGUAUCAUCAAAUUGCAGCCAGCUGUUAAGAAUGACUUUGAGUACACAAUAAGCACUGGAAACGAACAGAAUCAGUUCGAGAUGAAAAAUGAGCAUGGCAUUUGGAGUCUGCACUUCCACCGACGACUCAAGACUCCCGGCUUGUUUCACUUGGAGAUUAGAGCCAAAACUCGAAAUUCAGAUAUGACUUUCAAUCACAACAACAACAACAGCAGCACAAGCCACGAGUUCCCACUAGUGCUUCAUGUAAAACUCAUAGUUACGCAAUAAAAUCGCCAAAUAUCCUAGGUUAGGUUAGUCAACGGAAAAGCGAAACACUUUCCUGAUUAUUUCUACAUUUUUUCUCUUAAGGCCGGUCCAGACGCUCAAGUUGACCGUCAGUCUUCCACUCAAGCAAAAGACGGAUCGUUCGGUUCAAGCAAAAGAAGGAUGUAAAAUCGCGUCCACACGCAUCCGUCUUUUGUCGGUCCGUUUUCCUAUUUUUGUGCUCACAAGCUCAGUUAUCCCAUAUAUCCGAUUGAUGAGUAAUAAUUAUAUCGUAUUUUUUCGCUGAUUCAACUGGAUGAUGCUAUAUUUGUCUUCUAAUCAUGUUAUUCUAAGUAUUUAACAACAUAAUGACAGAUGAUAAUAUUACUGCUGAUCGGUAAAUGGCUUUGUUUACAUGCCAUAUCUUGAGACACAGUGAUUGUAAAUGGAUUGAAAUUUUUUAGAUAGUAUUUUUAAUAUCAACAAUAUAGUAUAUCUUAAUAUAUCAUGAUAGUACAUCAUAAUAUCAACAUCAAAUUCUGAGAGUAUUAUGAGAAUCAAGAACGAAAAAAAUGAUUAAAUGACUUUUUAUACAAUCGAGAAAAAACUUACUACGGUAAUCUUCAAGUAUUCACAAGGCAUUUUAUUAAUUUGAGAGCGCUGAUUCCGAAUCUACUUACUUUACUUAAUCCGGCUCUACAGUCCUGGGUGGACUUUGGCUUCCUCAACAUAGCGCCUCCAUUCGUCUCUAUCCUGUGCCCUCCGUCGCCAGUUUGCCACUUCCAGCACACGGAGGUUUCCAAUCGCGUCGUUCAUUCGUUUUUUGUUUGUAUUUCCAUUACUCCUGUCCGUCCGAGGCUCAUUUUGAGGCUUCACAAUAACAAUUUUUUUCCGUUGAGGGGUUAUUAGCCCCUCGCCAAACCCCCAACCUGGAGGACCAGGUCAUUUUUUCGGGUUUCCCUCCCUAGCCUUUGAUAAGCCAAUACCAAACUACAAGGAAGCAGUCAAUUUUCUUUCGGGGUUUUCUUCCCUUAGCCUUUGAAUAUCCAUUGAUCUCCGUCUGCAAGGCAGACGGUACCCCCAUAUCUAGAAGGCAUUCCCGGCCAAUAGUUUUUAAGCUUGACGACUUGAGCUUGACGACCCAUCUAUUUUACCGUCCACACGCAAUGACUUCCAUGUUCCGACUAUUGAGCAAAACUUCAGCCAUGAGCAAAAACUUGAGCGUCUGGACCAGCAUUUAUAUUUCUUAUUACUGGAUCACUCUCUCUCUCUCUCUCUCACCCUCUCUCUCUCUCUCUCUCUCUCUCUCUCUCUCUCUCUCUCUCUCUCUCUCUCUCUCUC